AUGGGAUCCUAUAGCCCAGAAAGCCUCAAACAGGCGCUUUAUCCGGUCCACGUUGUCGUCGUAGGAGCUGGAAUUGGUGGUCUCGCUUGCGCAAUCGCAUGUCGACGAUCAAAUCCACCACUGGAGGUUACGGUCCUUGAGCGAGCCCCAGAGAUCCUGGCUAUCGGAGCCGGUAUUCACAUCCCUCCGAAUGCCUGUCGGAUCGUCAAACAUCUCGGCCUGGUCGAAGAAUUGAAGAAAGCCCAAGCAUAUUCUGUGGAAGGCUUCACCUUACGACGAUACGAGGAUGGGCGUGUCCUUGCUGAAAAGCCGAUGGGAGAUAGAAUGGAGACUGAGUAUGGGGCAGAAUGGUUAGCCAUUCAUAGAGGAGACUACCAGAAUGUUUUGUUGGGUUCUGCUCGCAAGAACGGGGCUCAGGUUCUUCUUGACGCAGACGUUGUUGGCGUCGAGGAGGGUACUGGAGAAUCUUCAGGAAAGCAGAUUGUUCUGAUAAAGAGCAAAGAUCCUAUAACGGCAGACGUCGUCGUGGGCGCCGAUGGACUCUGGUCUGGGUUGCGCGAGUACGUCCUGGGCUUCCCCAAGCCGCCACUAGAAACUGGUGACCUUGCAUAUCGGGGAACAUUCACUCGAGAACAACUCAAGGCAUUCAAGAACAAAAGAGUCGACGAGAUAAUGGAAGCCGCAAACGUGCAAGUCUGGCUGGGUUCGAACAGGCAUGCAGUGUUCUACCCCUUGAGAGACAAGACAGAGUACAACCUGGUCUUGCUUGUUGCUGACGAUCUUCCGCCGGGAAUGCGUACUGCACAAGGAAAUCUGGAUGAAAUGGCCGCCAACUUCGAAGGGUGGGAUCCUGCCUUGAACCUGAUCAUCUCGUGCCUCAAGUCUGCCCUAAAGUGGAAGCUUCUUCAUUUCCAGGAGCUUGAUCAAUGGACAAAGGGCACAGUUGCACUGCUCGGUGACGCUUCUCACCCUACUUUGCCAUAUCAGGGCCAAGGAGCUGCGAUGGCUGUGGAAGACGGUGCCAUUCUCGGACUGCUCCUAUCCAAAUUGCAGAAUAGCGGUAUAGCCUCGGACCCUGAAGAGAGGUAUGCACAGUUGACGGACGUUCUACGAUUGUACGAGGAUCUGCGGAAGAAGAGGACAGAGGUCAACGUGGCUGGGGCCUUGGACACACGCCAUUACUACCACUUGUCCGAUGGAAAUGAGCAGAUCAGGCGAGACCAGGAGCUGGCUGAGCUUCCUGCAUCGAAUUGGGAAGGCCCGUGCAAUUUCAACUGGGGGGACGCGCCGUACCAAAAGAGCUUGCUGGGGUUUGAUUCUCUAGCUGACGCCGAGCGGAAUUUUGAUGCCUGGCUGGGAAGGAGACGGCAAGGCGGUUCCCAGGGAGACGUUCGUCUGUAGGCAUGUUUUGACGGAGAGCGCACCUAGCAUAUAGCUCCAGCUUCCGGCAGCCUUGAGCAUGUGGUCUUCCCACAGCAGAAGGACUGAGACUAUACUGAUAGAGCUAGUGGCCUUUCACGCGACAAUGCCUAGCGUCAUGAAAUUACAUGAGGGCUCCGGAUCGACAACGAGUGACCAGGCCUUAGUGAAGCUAACGAGCUCCCUGCAUUCAGGCAGAGCCAGUCUUGUCUGAAUACAAUAUGGCUGAAGACUAAUGACACAUCAUGUACAAAAAAGAGCAGUCUUGACUCAGCAUCUCCAUCACUUCAGUCUAUGCUUCAAGAGUAGUUGCCUCCACAUGUUUCGCCU